UAUUAUAUCAUGGAAUAAGGGUGGUUUCACAGCUCACUGUCUAAUUUCUGUCAACGGCCAGCGCACUUUUUUUACCUAUUACUGUCAAAUCAUUCACUUGUUCACAAAAUGCACAAUAUUAUGUUUAAAAACACACUGUUUCAUUUUAUUAAAACGUUGAUACUUGUAAAUUUUAUAUUCUAAAUGAAGUAUAGUUUUAUUUUACUUAGGUGUAAGUAAACGACAAUAAAAUUAAAGCAACCUAUCCAAGGGUGUACUAUAAAGUGGUUUAUUAUAUAAGUGAUAAUAAAUAUUUAUUACAAUGGUUUAGGAGAAGUUUGAUUCGCAGUUUAUCAGCGACUUUGAUGUUAUGUGAAUAUGGAUAAUUCCACAGACAAUUGGGACCCUGCUCUUACUCGUCUUUUAUCUUCACUUAAGGAAGUUCAAUCAGAUGGAGAAGAUGUAGCUUUCUUAAGUGAACUGCUGCAGUCUAAGCAGCUACAUGCACUUGUUCAAGUACAUAAUAAAAUUGUAGCAGCACAAUGUAAAGAUGAUAAAUUUUAUCCAUUACUCUCUAAUGCAAUGCAAGUAACUCUGGAGGUGUUAGAAAUGUUUGGUGAGGUGGUGAUAAGUUCAAAUGAAUAUAAAGAGCUGUUGAAAUUACUGCAGAAGCCGCAUUUCCAGGCAAUACUCUGUACACAUGAUGCAGUGGCCCAAAAAGAUUAUUAUCCUCACUUACCAGACAUACCUGCUGAUGCUGAUGAUGAAGAGGAAACUGUAAAAAUUGUUCAACUUGUUAAAAGUGAUGAACCAUUGGGUGGUGCUCAGAGUGCAGAGCCAAUAGUGGGUGCAACUAUAAAAACAGAUGAAGAAACUGGAAAAAUUGUUAUAGCUAGAGUCAUGCAUGGUGGUGCCGCUGAUCGUUCUGGCCUAAUUCACGCGGGUGAUGAAGUUAUAGAGGUUAAUGGAAUAAGUGUUGAGAAUAAGUCACCAGCAGAUGUUCUUUCGAUCUUGCAAAGUUCUGAGGGGACUAUAACUUUCAAGUUAGUACCGUCUUUUGGCAAAGGUGGGUCAAGAGAAAGUAAAGUGAGAGUACGAGCGCUAUUCCAUUAUAAUUCUGCUGAAGAUCCAUAUAUUCCAUGCAAAGAAGCUGGUCUUAAUUUUAAAAAAGGUGACAUCCUGCAUAUAGUCUCUCAAGACGAUGCCUAUUGGUGGCAGGCUCGUCGUGAAGGCGAUAGAGUCAUGAGGGCGGGGCUAAUACCAUCAAGGGCUCUUCAAGAGGGGCGAAUUAUACACGAACGUCAAAUUGAUCCACAAACUUUAGAUGGUAAGGCCGCCCUGUGCAGUCCAUCAGCGGCCAAUUCAGACUGUGGACCCAAAACUCCUUGUUCACCAACACCUAACGCUACCGCUCUAUUGCCCUGCAAGUCUACGCCCAAAGUUAAAAAAAUCAUAUACGAUAUAAAAGAAAAUGAUGAUUUCGAUCGUGAAAUGAUUCCGACGUACGAAGAGGUCGCUAGAUUGUAUCCACGACCAGGCCUCAUUAGACCCAUCGUGCUGGUUGGUGCUCCGGGUGUCGGUCGCAACGAGUUGCGAAGGAGGCUGGUGGCAACCGAUCCAGAGAAAUAUGUCACACCAGUACCUUGUAAGUAUUAUUUGAGGCGAAUACAUUUUGCGAAUUAUUUUUACUAUGGCAAAAAUUGUGCACUUAUCUUUGUAUACAGUACUCUUUGUUUCGUGAUGUGACUG